GAAAACAAUCCAAUAUGGCUGCGCCCAUGAACAACGUGUUUGUAGGCUCUGAAAUAGGUUUGUUGAAAGGAGUCAGUCUUCCAAAGUCAAAGUGGGAAAACAUAAACUCAUUAGAAGGAGCAAAGAAGGAAAACGAAAUAACUACACUUUGUUGGGGAAAUGAUAAUCAGACUGAAAUUUGUUUAGGUUUGAAAUGUCAAAAAGUGAGAACAUACGACACCAUCUCGAAAGAGUUUUCUGAUGAAACGGAUUUCCAUGUAGACGAUGGAAGGUUAAGGGGUUUACUUAAGAUCGACAACAAUUUUGUAACUGCAUCUAGUACAGGAGUUGUCAGACUUUGGAAAGAUGUUGAGGAUUUCACGGAGAUACAAGCAGGAAAGGAUUUGUAUUGUAUGACGAAUAAUCCUGUAACUCCAAAUGUUUUGGCAACCGGAGGAAAGGAAAACGAACUUAAAAUAUGGAACUUAGAGGAACCUGAAAAACCAACUUUUCAGACUAAAAAUGUGAAGAAUGACUGGUUAAAUCUGCGUGUUCCAGUUUGGGUAAUCCAAACUCGAUUCUUACCACAGAGUGAGAAAUUGGUGACAACUACUGGUCAUCACCAGAUACGGGUAUAUGACCCAAAGGCACAGCGAAGACCGGUAUUAGACUUUACAUACGACGAAUAUCCCAUCACAGCCUUAUCUACAUGGGGCAGUCAAGAUAACCAGGUGCUUGUUGGAAACACACAAGGACAAAUGGCACUGAUAGACCUCCGCAAGAGAGCUAUGGUACAGCAAUAUAAAGGCUUUGCUGGUGGAAUCCGUUGUAUUCAGUGUCACGAAAGUCUGCCACUUGUGGCAUCUUGUGGUUUGGACAGAUAUCUUCGUGUACAUGACUUGGAAACUCGUGAAUUGUUACACAAGGUGUACCUAAAAUCCAAGCUUAAUUGUCUUUUGUUUGGUAGGAAGUGGGAAAGUGAAGAGAAAACAGAAACCAAGAACAGAGGCAAACAGAUAAAUGUAAUUAAGAAGGAAGAGGUGGGAGAAGAUAAUGAAGAGGAGGAUGAAAACAUGUGGGAACAAAUGAUGGUAGUACAAACAAGAACGAAGAGGAAAAGUGAAGUGCCAGAGGAAAUUAUAGGUUACUCGAAGAAGAAGAAAAUGCAAAGGACUGAAAAAACUGUGAAAGGGAUGAAAAAGAAAAAAGAAUUGUGAUAAAGACAUUGUUACCGGAUUUUAAAGUGGUGUCUAUUUCAGACAUGGUCAGGUCUACAUUAAAGUCAAAAUUAUUGUUGGAAAA